GUCAUCGUGCUUUCGGCCUUGGGGCGGCGCCAUGGCUGGUCUGGGAUCUCAUUGGCGAGCCCCGUGCCAUCUUCGCCUGGGAGGUGGCGGCGAUCCAGGUCGCCGAUUACCACAUUCCUGGAAUACGCCACCGUGGCGACAUCAUCGAGGACACGCGCGAGGACAUCGCCGCCGAGAUCAGACAUAUCGACGCCCAAGCCGAGUGCCUCAUCCUCUUCACAGCGGCGCCGCCGUGUCAGGACUUCUCUCGGGUCGGCGACCGCGACGGACACGCCGGGAAUCGUCACACACGACCCGUCCACGGCGGAGCGCUGGACCUGCUACAUCGCUGCUGGGAUCGCCUACGCCUAGACUCGCCGCGGGCCGCGCCGGACAGCUUCGACCUCGACGGCCUCAAGUUCUCCGAUGCAGUGGCAUCCGGCCGAAUACGACUCCCGUGUUCGACCACGCCGGCCGCCGAUGAGAGGGGGAGACCACCGCCGCGAUCCAUGCGGGGCAAGGUCACGACGGAUGUCCAGCAGCGGUGGUUAACGCCGUGGCACUACCAGCGCGACGCCAUGCUCGCCGAUGAUCAGGGGAAGUUGGUGGUGCUGACGCCGGGCGCCAAGGAAGCUGCACCACAGGCCAAAAAACUUCACGGCGCAGACGGCGAAAGGCGAACUGGAACCCAGGACCCGCCACCGGCUCCUCGUGAACUCCUUCGCCGUUUGGGCUACCCCGACCUCAAGGCGCUCACCGAGGACAUGCCGACGGGAUCCAACGGGAAGUACCAGAACCAGAACCCGGUGCCCAUCGCCGACCUCAUCGCGACCAACGCCGAGUAUGUUCGGCGCAAGGACGAGGACCUCGACGAGUCCGCCGCCGACGGCUUCCAGGAACUCUUCGCCGCCCUCGGCUUCCUCACUAAGAAGUCCAAGGUGUUCGCCCAGAUCAUCGCCUUCGCCGCCUUCGCCAGGAUGAUGCCGCCGAUCGUCGUGGCCUUCAUCGACAACACGGCGGGUCAAGCGGCGCUGACGAAGGGCUACGGCAAGGACGCAGCGGUCAACGGCAUGAUCUCCGCCUUUUGGACACUCGCCGCACGCCGCGACUGGUUUGUGGAGUUCGAGAGGGUGCCCUCCAAGGCCAACGUCGCCGAUGCCGUUUCCCGCGACGACUUCUCCAGGGCACGCCGUGAAGGCUGGACCCGAGUCAACAGCCGGGACGCCGAGGUCAUGGAAAUCUUGGCGAAAGCCGUCGCCGACAUCGAGUUCGCCAACACUACGGCGGCUGACGAGAUGAUCAUGACGGCGAGUUUAACGAAACUGGACUGA